CUCAACCCACACUCUCCAGAGAACACAUCAUCACCUUUAGGAGAAGCAUCCUGUUCACAGUUCUCAAUCACACCAAUUGUAAGCUGUCCAUUGAAUAGCUUCCUUCAACUCAACAAUCACGUGACGCUUACGUAAGCAAGUUCGCGAUCUCAACCCAACAUGUCAAAACGGAUCUGGGAUGCCACCCUAAAGGAAAGAACCCUAGAGGCGACUAGUCGAUUCUUCUGUACUUGGAGUUGUGCUUCAUCUUAAAUCGCUCCAUUCUACAGGAAAAUGUCUGAGAUAUCCAACUUCUUUGCACGCACCCCGCCAGUUACAAAACUGCUGUUGAUGUCCACCAUCGUUGUCUCAUCGUCUUGUGUACUUGGCCUUUUACCCCCUCAACGAGUUCUGCUAUCAUGGAAGGCGGUCACAGAUGACUGGGAAUUCUGGAGACCUGUCAGUGCACUAUUUCUUGCCAACAUGAGCCAGCUGAGUGGGUUGAUGGAUGUGUAUGCCCUGUACUCCUUUUCAAAGGGACUAGAGGAGGGAAAGUUCUUCCUCAACAUUAGCGAUUACUGCUUCUACUUGUUCCUCAUCAUUCCACUUAUCCAACUUUGCUCUGUUGUGAUGCCUCCUGGAAGUUUAUUGCUACCAUUGGUCUCAGCGUUGACUUAUACUUGGUCACGUAAGAAUAGAUAUAACCAGGUGCUCGUGUACUUUGUGAAGAUUCAAGGUGAAUACUUGCCAUUGGCAAUGCUGAUAUUCACCUUCCUUCUUUUCGGGAAGGAGCCUUUCUUCUCUGCGUUAUCUGGGUUCAGCGCUGCAUACUUCUACCAGUGCCUCGAGAGCAGGACCCUCGGCCCAGUCUACGCCUGGAUAUGCUCUACUCUGGGCGUCGACGUUACAAGAACUGGUCAGACACAAAGGGUUGGUACCAUCCACACGAUAAACCAUACCGAUGAAGGCCCAUUGAAGGCACCAUAUUGGUUUGUGCGUAUUGUUGAGUUCUUCACGUCACGUCAAAGAGUGAAAGGUCACGAGAAGGCUCAAGGUCGCCGUAUUGGUGGAUUUGGCAACAUGAACUCAAACCAGCCGCAGGGUUCAAGUGGGAAGAGUUCUGGUUUCAGUUACACCAGUGCAUUUAGAGGAACAGGAGCAAGGCUUGGAUCCGAGUGACUACCCAAUUUUUAAUUCAAAGAGUUCAUAGGAUUG